UCCGAGUUUGCGCCACCAUUCCGGAGGCCUCGAAUCCCGAUCCCCAUGGUUUGGGAACUGACGAAGUAGCUAAUGGAGAGAGUUACCGCAGUGCGCCAAGAGGGGAAUCCAGUGUCGGACCACAAGCCGGUGGUCGCGGACAUUAAGCUGCACUUGGGGAUGGCGAGGGGCAGGGGUUUCUUUCGUGUCAACAACCAGAUCUUGAGUGUGCCAGGGGUAAACUUAUGGGUGUCCAAUCACAUGUCCAGCUGGGAGAGCACUAGACCGCUGUUCAGCUCAACAGCGGAGUGGUUUGAUGGAGGCAUAGCCAUCUCUUCAGGGGUACUAGACGUGAUUUCCAGGAUCCUGGCCAAAUCCAGGAACAAAGAAGAAGCGGAUUGCAAAAGGAAAGUGGAGGAAGCAGAGGACCGCAUGGGGGGCCAUCCAAUCUCAACAAUGGUAUGGGCAGCGGAGCGGGAAAGGAGGAUGGCGGAUUGGGAUGUCUUGCAAGAAGGAAAGCAGAAAAGGUGGUCAGAUCUGCUCAAAGAGAAGGGGAUCGAGGUGCACGACAAGAUGUCGAAGGAGACCUUUCGCAAACUGUUGCCUAGCAGGAAUCAGCAACAGAUGAUCGCGUUAAAGCACCCCUUCGAUGAGUCGGCCCCUCCUGCGUGCACAGCAGCAGGCAUGCUCCAAUAUGCAAGUCUCUACUACAAGGACAUCCUCACGACUAGAAGACCACUGAACAACGUGAACUCGGACCUCUCCAGGGAAUCGAACAUGUGGGAAGACACUACAGCAAGGCUGGGUACAUCUGCAAAGUUAGAUUUGGAUAGACCCCUCACCCUAGAGGAAUUAACACAGACACUCAAGUCUAUGGCAAAGGGAAAAUCCCCCGGAGUGGAUGGGCUGACAGUAGAAUUUUAUGUUGCAAACUGGAGGGUCUUCGGCCCCUUGCUAGUGGAACUCUACAACGAAAUCCUAGUAGGGGGUCGCCUGGGUAGGGGCAUGACGCAUGGAGUGAUUGUUGUUCUAUUCAAGAAGGGGGACAAGGCGGAGGUAAGGAACUGCCGCCCGAUAUCAUUGCUGAAUGUAUCAUACAAGAUCCUCGCAAAGUCUUUGGCGCGUCGCCUCUCCAAGUUCCUCCCGGACCUGGUGGAGAAGGAUCAGGGGGCCUUUGUUCAGGGUCGCUCAAUUUUUAACAACAUAGUAAUGGCAGUUGAGACUCUGGAGGUGGUGCAAAAAGAGAACUUGGACGUAGCGGUGCUCCUCCUGGAUCUGGAGAAAGCAUACGACAAAGUGGGGCUUACCACGUUGAGAAGGAUGGGUUUUGGAGAGAACUUCUGCGCCUGGAUCAUAGCCAUGUACACCCACGCCUCAUCAGCGGUCAUGAUAAAUGGUCACCUCUCAGAGCCGUUCCCACUGACAAGGUCGCUUCGUCAGGGUUGCCCCCUGGCCCCUCUUGUCUUCGUGCUGCAGAUGGAAGUGCUGCUGAACAAGAUAAGGCAGCAUUCGGACAUAAGAGGACUGCAGCUGCAUAACGGGGAGGACUGCAGAGUGAAGGCGUUGGCGGACGACCUCUUCGCAGUAAGCAAAAACACAGCAGGAUCUCCGACCGCCUUGAAAACGAAGAUGGAAGGAGGCACGGGACCAGGGAUUCCGUCAAGCGCCGGUCGGUACAUCCCGCCAAGCCGCAGAACUCCAGGACAGCAGCAAGAAGGAAUGGGGAGAGGUGCAGCCUCGAAUGCAGCAAGAAGCUCGGCGCCACCAAUACAGUCAAGAUCACAACAGGGAGCGGAGGAUCGGGUUCAAGAGUCAGUCAGCAGAUGCUACGACGAAGGCAUCUGCCCGAAUGAACUGGGACUGGGGGAGGUCGUUGAAGAUGAAGAGGGAGGAAGGUUUGUAGUGGAUGAAACUGUGGACAUUAUUAAGGAGAAUUGGUUGAAGGAAAUAACAGUAAUCCUGAUCUUUCAAGAAGAAGCAAGAAAUCUCUCAAGACAGGUCAAGGAGGAUCUGAUCAGAGCCUACGAAGAUGGGUGGAUGUCACAACAGAUAUUUGAUCCUGACACGAGAAGAGGCAGAAUUCGUUUCGAAGGCCAAAAUGUUGUUUCAUACGUGGCCAAGGCAAAGGAAGUUGCAGACUGGAUGCUAAGAUCGAAGGAGGCAAAACUAAAACUGGGAAAUAAAGAGUACCUUACAAUAUUCAAGCCUUGGAUGCCACGUCAGGAGCUUCGGGACAUGAAACUGCAAGAUGCGGAAAAAAACUUAUGGAUUGUAGCCUUGAGAGUACAGCUAGAUGCUUACUACUACUUAGGCGAAGCAGUCGGAGGGAUGUUCGGGGAAGUGCUGGAGAUGCACCCCCCCGAAUACGAUAGAACACGACCGAAGUUGAUGAAUGUCAAGAUGGACAUGCACCCAUAUGCAAGAUUCAAUGUUGACGACGUGCUGGUGAUUGAAUCCCCUAAAGGUCCACCAGUGAACCACCAUCAGCAUGAGCUACAGAUUCAGGCGUACAACACCUUCCCCGACUAUCCUAAGCCGCGGUACCCAUCCAGUUCAUACGACUGGAGGGAGUUAGCUCAACACCAAGUGCAGCAAGGAACAGGCAUGCUGGAACAAGCCGGGCAGAACGCGAUGGGAGAAACAGGUUGCUCUUUGGGCGGCGACCGUCAGCACGGGCUAAUGAGACAGAGGAGGAGGAAUGGAAAGACUUGGCGAACGUGGGUAGAGGAGGAAACGAGGAGACAAGAUGUUAUCACCAGAUCCGAGGCGGAUAGGUUGCGUAACCAAGAUAGAGUAGCGAAAAGGUGGGGGGAUGAAUGUGAUGGAGGGCAUGGGAGGGAUGAUCCACCAUCAGCGGCGCCGGUGAUCGAUAUUCAGGUGGAGCUCUCAAAAACUUCUAUCUCUUCUCAGUCCCGUGUCCGGAUGGAGAGCGAGAAGGAAGAAGAGUCACUGAGCAGGGAACUCUCCUCCUCCUCAAUGGAGAGCUCGGCGCACUCCAGACUGCAGCAGAGAGAAGAGAGGGGUGCAACCCUGAGACAGCAGCUCGACCGCAACAAGAGGUCGAAUCUGAUACACAAGGACCAAGCAGAAACGGUUAGGCGGAGGAUUGUUCUGUUAGUAUGUAUGCAAGCAAGAGAUGGCACCUACUUUCUAGCACUAUGGAGCGCUGAUGGGAGACCUUACAUUCCAUCGGAGAAGGUGGAGAGAGCACCAACCCACAGUGUGAUACUGCAGAAAACAAGAAGUCUAUACAAGGAACACAGUCCGAUCAGAGUAUACCCAAGUCUUCAAUGAUAAAUAUUAUCUGCGAAACUUCUCAAGGGUAUUACAAGUUGUAUUUCCCAUUAUUGGAUGCACGGAUCCCCCCGGAAUCGGCUGACUCGCUGACCCGGUUCGGGGUCCGCUAGUACCACAUGGACGCUGUAAGGGAACGGAACACUCCGGAACUCGAGCAAAUCACAGUUUUUAACGAAAUCAGUGCCUUAAUCCUGCUCAACCUCUGCGAGAAGCUGCCGGCGGAUGAAGGACUGCAAUCAGCAUUCAUGUACUCCAUGCUGACAAAGGACUGGCCCACAAGAUCACAGGCGACCUCCUCCCGUGGCAGCUCAAGAGGUAGCAUACAGUCCCGGUCCAUGCCACAGGCAGUGACGCCAGAAAGGUCUGCAAAUCCGGACAACCAGCAAGUCGAACAAGCCGACCCCAACCGCAUCCAACAGCAAGCGGCCAUACAGCAGACUAAUGGAUAGACUCAAGAUGGCCUCUUGGAACUCCAGGGCUUGGGAGACACAAGUGGGAGACAAAAACGGAGACGAUUGAAAAACUGGGUACACGAAUGGAGGAUCAACUGUCUACUUAUUCAAGAAUCAAAGCUGAACGAAAAG